AUGCAUGAGACGCAAAGCAUGAUUUCUCGUCUCCUUUCCUCCUUCGCGGUUGUAUCUUCCAUCUCGGCAUUCGUAUUGGACAACCCGCUACAGCUCCUGCAGGCAUCAGCCGGUGUUAACAAUACAACCAUCAUCACCACCACCAACAAUAAGAACAUCCUCCCACUCUUCUCCCUCCUUCCAAGUCCAAAUCCAAGCUCGAAUAUUCCCAUCACCAGCCUCGUCUCCUACGUCUGCAACGGCGACGCCUUCGGCCACGACCUUAACGUCGACUCCUGCACCGACGCCAUCCGUUUCCUCGGCGUCAAUACAACCCAGCUCAGCUUCGGCGUGCGCAAUACAGGCGCCUUCGACAUCCGCCUGCCGCAGAGGUACAUCAGCACAGAUGGGAAAUGCGCGAUAGAACCGACACUGGCACCAGAUAAGGAGCUUGCGAUGGCCAGCGCGGAGGAUGUGGCCGUGGCGGCGUUUGUGGUGGUGAGGAAUUGUGCGGCGAAGCAGGGGGGAAAAGGGGGGAUUGCGAAGGAUAUUGGCGGCGACGACAACCUGCGCAUCGUGGUGUCCAAAUACGAUCCCGCCCACGUGCGCUGCUACGGCAAGAUGCGCCGACCACAGGUGCAGGUGUCGUGUCAGGUGAUAUUGGAUUCGAUGCGGACGAGUAACGAGAAUGUCUAUUUCGGUCCGCGGGGUGAUCCGUUGACGAAUGUGGGGUUGCCGUUUUCGUUGUUUUCGGACGACCACAAAUGCAAAAUGACCAUCCGCACCACGGGCGAGGGCGCCGGGUUCACCGACACAUGGUCUUGGGCCAAGUUCUGGGAGGUCGGGGUCGCGUUGGCGGGCAUGUGUGUCCGGGAGAGCAAGGAGGGCGUGCAGACUCAACUUGGCGAUAGUGGGUAUUUGUACAUGGAAGUAGGAGGACCGCAGAGCGAGUUGGAGGGGAAUGAGACGGGGAGUUGA